CUUUUAGAAAGCCCGGCGCGAAGACGUGGAGGUUAUCAAGCCGCCCCCAUCCACGUAUCUUUGCGGACAACUACCUGCAACCUCCGAGGUGCAAAGCGCAUCAUUUUAACCAAAAGGCGUCUGCAAAUACCGCACGGUAAUCAAACGUUGCAUCUACCUUCGUCUGUCAGCCGUUAGCAUAGCAACCGGAACAUACGCAGAAAGUCGUCGCUUUUUUAACACGUCACAGCGUCGACACACGAGGGGCGAAGAGGCAGCUAACUUCGGUUAGUUCUGAAAUUCCGAAACAUGGGGAAACAGAAGACAAAGAAGUUUGCUGCGAUGAAAAGAAUGAUUAAUCUUAGAGAUCAAAGGAUAAAAGAAAAGGACCGUGCUAAACCAAAAGAAAAGAAGAAGAAAGAUCCUUCCGAACUUAAGGAGCGGGAAGUCACAAAGUAUCCGUCAUGCCUGUUCUUCCAGUACAACACUCAGCUUGGCCCGCCGUACCACAUUCUUGUCGAUACCAAUUUCAUCAACUUUUCCAUUAAGGCCAAGCUGGACAUUGUUCAGUCUAUGAUGGACUGCUUGUACGCUAAAUGUAUACCUUAUAUCACAGACUGUGUGAUGGCCGAGAUCGAGAAGCUCGGAAUGAAAUAUAGAGUUGCUCUUAGGAUAGCCAAGGAUCCACGCUUUGAGCGCCUGCCAUGCACACAUAAGGGAACAUACGCUGAUGACUGUUUAGUCCAAAGGGUGACCCAGCACAAGUGUUACAUCCUGGCCACCGUGGACAGAGAUCUGAAGAGAAGAGUGAGGAAGAUACCAGGAGUGCCCAUCAUGUACAUCUCAAAUCACAGGUAUAAUAUUGAGCGGAUGCCUGACGACUAUGGUGCUCCAAGGUUUUAAUCUUUCUGCCCAGACGUUAGCCUUGUAAAUAGAUUCCUAUUGACUGUUGUUUCUUCUUGUGCAUUAUAAGCAUACAGGUGUUGAGGUUUGAUUUUUCUGAUGGAUUUGGUAAUAUUUCAGCCAUUCAAAUUUCAUUAAGCUUUGUGACCAUGAUGCGUUUUGUUCCAAUUUGAGUUAUGAAUAAAUGAAUCACUGACUGAA